AUGACCGACUCGGUCAACGAACUUGUCCACGAGAUCGGGAGAGCGGAAUACACCUAUGUGGAUGUGAUCCAUGAUGAUCUCGUGCCGGAGCACAUCGGCCAGUACUUCCGGGUGGUUCCCACGGAGCAGAUGACUCAGUGCCUCUGGGCUGCUGUGCAGGCGGCCAAGGCGCGGGAGGCAACACCGCCCAAGGUGGUGGUCAUCUUCAUGACGGGGCGCAUCGCCGCGUACUACGCCGACGCCUUCCGGAAAGCAGGCACCGACCUGGCAGUCUUCGAGAUCCAUGCGCGGCGCAGCCAGAAGCAGAGGACUGAGGAGUCUGACAAGUUCCGGGCAGCUGAGGGUGGGAUUUUGUUCACCUCCGACGUGUCCUCCCGCGGCCUGGACUACCCAGGUGUCACGGAGGUUGUGCAGAUGGGAGCGCCGCGCUCCAAGGAGGAGUACAUCCACCGGCUGGGCCGCACCGGGCGCGCGGGGCAGGAGGGCCGAGGCCUGCUGCUGGUGCACGAGUUCGAGCGAGGCUUUCUGGAGCAGCUCAAGGACCUGCCAUUGAUCGAGAUGCAGCAGGAGGAGGUGGACAUGCCGGAUUUCAUCAGCAUGGCCAUCGCCAAGAACGUGAAGGCGCAGGCCUACUAUUCCAGGAUCAACCACGUCAUGCGGAAUUCUGAGCUCAGCGCCCUGGACAUCAUGCGGGAGGCCAAGCGCUUUGCCGCUUCCAUCGGCGCGCUCGACGAGGAGGGCCGUCCUCCAGAGAUCACGCCGGAGAAUGCUGCGAAGAUGGGUGUGGCAGAGCUGGAUGACCCCAGCGUGUACAUCGUAGCCAAGUGA